AUGAUCUCGCUAAUAGCUGAAAUCAAUAGAUUCAACAGCAACUUUCCUUUAGUAACUUACGCACCUAUUGACAAUGUUUCUGAAUCAUUUGAUAGUUUAGAAAGUAAACGGGAGUUUAAGCUUGUGGACGAAGAAGAAGAAGACAACGGGAAUGUCAAUCAGUACACUAAAUUCAAACUUGGGGUCUACAAUGUGCUUCCAUUUAACUUCGAUGAGAAUAUUUUGGUGACAGUGGAUCCGUUAUGUUUCUUUGCUUUGCUACUUCUUGCUUCUAGAUCGGGAUGUUAUCUACCCAAACUAGGGCCUGAUACCAACAGUGCGGGAUAUGCAAAUACCCGUAAUGGUUCUAUUGUUUCACUUGCAUUUGGGGCUUCACCAGAUGGAGAGUUGCCUAUUUUAAUAGAAGAUGAGAUCGAUAAGAUUACCAAAACGGUCAAGAGAAAGGUGAGAAGAACCACCGUGGUUAACAAGUUUGCCCUUGCUAGUGUUACCGAUACUACAGAGCUCAUGUAUAUUAAGUUGGUUGAUACCCGAUUAUUUGACUUUUAUAUUUCUCGACUAACGCUGACGAAAGACAAGAGCCUUAUAAUGAGGCUAUAUUCAUUGUCUGGUAUCGAAGAAAAGCAGCAGGAUAUCUCUGAAAAAUUGGUUUACCCAUCGGUGAUGGCUCAUUUAGUGUCGAGAUUCCAGUUUGACUUAAGGAAUCCGUCAAUUGCUUCGGCAUUCAACACCGGCUUUUUUUGGUUUCCAUCUUGGAUAAGGCCCAAAUACUACACCCAAUCAAUUAAUGAGGAGUACCAGAGAUGCAAGGACGAAGGUAUUGAGGCUCUGCUCCAGUUUGAGCGGGUCUACAACGACGCAGGUCAAAAAGGCUUUUUCUUCGGUAGUGAAACGAAUAAACCCAGCGUGUUCGACUAUAAAUUGGCAGCCAUGGUAUACUGCAUACUGGAUUUGGCCGAGUUUGUAGAUGAGUUUGCUCAAGUGAAGGUCAAAUGUCCUGGGUUGGCUUUCCACUGCGCGGCUGUGAUGAAGACCGUAAUGAAAUAA